UGAGGAAGAUAAAAUAACAGAGAUGGUCCAGUUGGCAGAAGCGUAAAGGAUGGCAUUGGCAAGGCCUAUUUUGGGGCGCCCCCCGCUCCCAAAGCAUCCGCCGCUGCCUUCUCGCCUGAUCACUCGCUCGCUGUUUUCUUCCUCCUCCGUCCGCCUUUCUUCUUCUCCUGCCGCCGUCGUGCCCAUGGCACUUCCACAGCCUCAUUCCUCCUUUGAAGUCAUCGGAGGUGCCCGCGACCUCUUCCUCCCUGCUCUCUCUUACCUGUCCCGUCCUUACCCUCAUUUCCCCUUCAUUGCUUCUAGUCGCCACGUCGAGACCAUCUUUGCCGCCCUUUUCAGGUCUGUUCCUCCAGUCAAGUACCGACGUCAGUGUAUUCACACUAAAGACGACGGUGCUGUCGCUCUUGAUUGGGUUGCCGGCGACGAUCGACUCUUGCCUCCUGAUUCUCCCGUCCUUAUUUUGCUGCCAGGUUUAACCGGGGGCAGUGAAGAUUCCUAUGUGAGACAUAUGUUGAUUAGAGCCCGAAGUAAAGGAUGGCGUGUUGUUGUCUUCAAUAGUCGUGGCUGCGGAGAUAGCCCUGUUAUCACUCCACAGUUCUAUUCAGCUUCGUUUCUAGGAGAUAUGCGCGAGGUAGUCUCCCAUGUCAAUACGCUGUACCCUGAAGCUAACAUAUAUGCCGUCGGUUGGUCACUUGGGGCAAACAUUCUUGUUCGUUAUCUGGGUCAGGAAUCCCACGCUUGUCCUCUUUCUGGCGCUGUGUCACUGUGUAAUCCUUUCAAUUUGGUUUUGGCCGAUGAGGACUUCCAUAAAGGCUUCAACAAUGUUUAUGAUAAGGCUCUUGCAAAAGCUCUUCGUGAAAUUUUCAAGAAGCAUGCUUUACUCUUUGAAGACGUAGGUGGUGAAUAUAACAUUGAAUUGGUGGCGAAUGCCAAGUCUGUCAGGGACUUUGAUGAUGGACUAACCCGUGUUUCUUUUGGUUUCAAGUCAGUGGAUGAAUACUACUCCAAUUCAAGCAGCUCAGAUUCAAUAAAAAAUGUUCAAACUCCUUUGCUCUGCAUCCAGGCUGCCAAUGAUCCAAUUGCUCCGGCUAGGGGAAUUCCUCGUGAAGACAUCAAGGAAAACCCAAACUGCUUGUUAAUAGUGACCCCCAAAGGAGGCCAUUUGGGUUGGGUUGCCGGUGAUGAUGCUCCAUUUGGAUCCCCCUGGACCGAUCCUCUGGUUAUGGAUUUUCUUCAAUAUCUGGAGAGAGGACCCGUCAAGUCUGGUACAUCUCAUCAAAGCAAAGAGGCAUUGCAUCACCUCGAAGUGUAGUUUUAAUACGCUGGUGAACAUUCUUUUAUACAUUAUGUAUACAUAUUUGAGAACAUACUUUAGAGUUUAUAAUCAUACCAUUGGUCAGGGUCCCCUUAAUGCUGCUGCGUGGGACAAAUAUAUUCUCAUUUGUUUGUUCGCUGCAUGCAGUGGUCAGGACUCAGUAUUUAAGGGGGGAAAAAAUCCUCAGUCAUGUCGGGAGAAUAGGGUCUCUUGCCAUGUUUUCAUAUCCCCAUCUUAUUUCUGCCCCACAAUCUCAUGAUUCCUGUAUUCAAACUCGGGGGCCUUAUUCUGCCCUUGUAUUGAAAAUUAAUAAUGUUAUUUUUAUUUCUGAGAGCAUUUGCCAAUUGCUGGUCAAUAUCUGAAA